GUCUAUACGGCGCAAAUGGUCACUGAUUCCCUGCGAAUUUUCGGUCAGUCACCGUUAGUGCGGCGACUUAACGUCACUUCCACAGAUUAUGAUUUUCGUGAGAUGUUGAUGGAUAUCCGCACCCACACAAGAGUUGUGCUAUUCUUUGGAGCGGCCUAUAAUCUGCGAAAGUUUUUGAUAUCAGCAGCGCGGGCUAAUAUGACCAACGGAGAUUACGUAAGCUUGAGGAAGGAUUACCAGCGGUGACACAUGUCGCAUUUGCUUCAUGCAGGCGCCGAUGGUUGCGUAAUCUUUCCAGGUGUACAUGACGUUCCAGAUUCUGGAUGGGCUGAAAGAUUACGGGCGUAUGCACUGGAAAUAUAACGACAGCAAUGACGCCAUCGCUUUACAAGCUUUCCAGUCUCUGUUGAUUCUGAGGCCGGCCGAUAUCUACGAUACCGCCCCGAGCGAUUUUCUAGAAAAGGUUACGGAGAGGACUCACCGGGACUUCAGCUACAACGAGAGUAUUCACGAAGAGCCGUAUCCAAUGUUGCUGAGCUGCUAUGGUGCCGUGACAAUGCUUGGGGAGGUUUUACACGAAUUGAAGACGGACGGAAAGGAGCACCCGUUUCUUGAUGCAGAAUAUUUGGCCAGGCAGUUCUUCAAUCGCACGUUUCACAACAACAUCAGCGAAAUUUACGUUGAUAGCAAUGGUGGACGGCAAAUGGAUCUAUAUCUAUGGAAAUUUGACAAAACCGGCAAUCAAACAAAACUGUUCCACAAAGUUGCAGCGGGUAACCCACCGGUGAUCCAGCUCUACGGCUUGGAUCACUGGGCCCGCGCUACCUGGCCACCGCCCAAUGAACCACCGUGUGGUUACAAUAACGAUCUGCGCGCCUGCCGUAAAGAGGAGCAAAAUACUUGGAUGAUCGCCACCGCUGUGUCGGUUGCUGGUGUCAUUUGCUUGAGCGUGAUCUUUGCAGCGACAUGGUGGCUCAGUCGACUGAACGCCAAUGUUACCGCUGUACAAACAUGGUGGAUAAUUGAACCAACUGAGCUGGAAUUCCCUUUGGCGAACUCUUUCCGAUCGGCUCAUGAAAGCAAAGGCCUAACGUCUGUCUUUCGGGCUCAACAUGUCGCGGAACGGUUUUCUUCGGCGAGGCUUAGAGGAAUCCCGGUGCUUGUUGAGAACAUUACAACUGUCGCAGCAGAUUUUGCUCACUCUCCGUUUGAUCGCAUCCGAAAUCGACAUGUGUUAUUACGUCGCUUGAACCAGAUGCUCAGUAUUACGCAUCCAAAUAUUUUACGGUUGUAUGGAUUGACUGCCCUAGGCGGCGGACACCAUAUCCGAAUAAGUGCAGUUACCGAAGCACCACAGCGUGGCUGUAUUUACGACGUAUUCGAAGGGUUAAUUAAUUUGGAUUUAAUAUUGAUUAGCUCUUUCAUUACGGAUUUCUUGCAGGGGGUGACCUUUAUUCAUUCCUCGCCUAUUGGUUAUCACGGUUGUCUGUGUGGCUUCCACUGCCAAAUUGAUAAGCAUUUCACGCUGAAAAUCGGCGGACUGAUAAAUUCUCAACUAUGCGAAGGCGGCAAUGGGGAUUGCAGUGGGGAACCAUCGAGCACUGCAUGGAGACAGCGCAUCAGGAGCGUUCACAACGUUUCCACAGAAUUUCAGCAAAAGAGCGAAAUAAGUGCCGUGGGCGUAAUAUUGUGGGAAUUGUUAGCGAAGGAAAAAUUUACUGGUACAGUAAGACUCGCUUAUGCAUUCACUUCAAAAUGA